UAUUUCAAAAGAAGGUCGCGUUUCUCUACUCUUCUACUAUUCGAGAUUUGGGCCUCUCUCUCUCUCUCUCUCUGUUUGCGUGUGUGAGAAGACCCUGAGGCGAGGCGUCUCCUUCGGUUUCAGGUCGACUAAACUCUAAACGGAGCUCCAAUGGCGGAUCCUAACCUUUCAGUGUUGCCCGCAUUGGUGCUUCGGCUUCAGCUAAGUGGGAAUUCCGAAGGCCGGUAAAGAGAUCUCAAGAGAAGAACGUUCUUAGAUGAAGCAGUGCAGGACUUGGAAGAAGCUCCAAGGUUUGAGCCUCCUCCUUCGUAAAGGUUAGCUUAUAAUCUAAUGGCAUAUUUUUCCUUUUCUCGCCACGCUUGCAUUUCAGCUGUUUGGAGGUCAAAUAGCAGAUCUGAAGCCUCAAGAAGCUGAUUUUUGAGGAAUGUGUGUGGAUUUUGAGAUAAAUUUCGAGUCCGAGCUAGGGUUUAGUCAAGACCGAUGAAGAAGACCUUUAAGAGGGACCGUCGAAAGCUGUAAUGGCAGAUCCGAGACUUGAAUCUGAUUUGCAGAGGUAUUCAGCUCUAAUGACAUGGCGGGUCUGGUUUUGAAGCCCAUGAAAUGUUCUUAGAGAAAAUCCAUCAAGUUUCUCUCUGUGUAUCAGGUGAAGAACCGUUUGAUCACGAUCUCAUAGCCAGUCUCUUUCAUACAUCUCUUACCGGACUCCCUAUGAAGCACCCAAAGGCUCUCAUUUCUUUUGCACCUUUCCUUGCCUUGUUAUUCCUCCUUACCCAGGUCAUUGCUGACCUGGAUACUGACAAGCAAGCACUCCUCGAUUUUUCUGCUGCUGUUCCCCAUGGUCGGAAGCUCAAUUGGAAUUCUACUAGCCCAAUUUGUUCAACAUGGGUUGGCGUCACUUGUAGUCAGGAUGGCAAUCAUGUGGUGAUGCUUCGACUCCCAGGAGUUGGAUUAUCUGGCCCCAUCCCAGCCAACACUCUUGGAAGACUUGACGCUCUCAAGGUCCUCAGCCUCCGAUCCAACCACCUAAUUGGGAAUCUUCCUUCAGACAUCCCUUUCCUCCCAUCUCUCCAGUAUCUCUUCUUACAACACAACAACUUUUCUGGUAAUGUCCCAGCAUCUCUCUCCCGCAAACUUAACUUAAUUGAUCUCUCCUUCAACUCCUUUAAGGGCAACAUUCCACCUACAAUUCAGAAUCUGACACGCUUGACCAGGUUAAACCUACAGAAUAAUUCUUUCUCAGGACCCAUCCCUGAUCUCAACCUUCCAAGGCUUAAGCAUCUGAAUUUAAGUUACAACAACCUGAAUGGCUCAAUUCCGUCUUCCCUCCAAAAGUUCCCUAACUCUUCAUUUGUAGGAAAUCCUCUUUUAUGUGGGCCACCUUUGAGCAGUUGCUCUUCAGUUGUUCCAUCACCUUCUCCCUCGCCUUCUUCCUUGCUACCCCCACCAACAGUCCCUACUACAGAGAGAAAUGGAUCAAAGAAGAAACUUACUACUGGAGCUAUCAUUGCCAUUGCCAUUGGUGGUUCUGCAGUGCUGUUUCUUCUAGCUAUAAUUAUCUUGGUUUGCUGUCUGAAGAGUAAAAAUAGUGAAGGAGAUGGUGCCUCAAAGGGCAAGGGCUCUAGUGGUGGAAGAAGUGAAAAGCCCAAGGAGGAAUUUGGAAGUGGAAUUCAGGAGGCUGAGAAGAACAAGCUGGUAUUCUUUGAAGGCUGUUCUUAUAAUUUUGAUCUUGAGGAUCUACUGAGAGCUUCAGCUGAAGUGCUAGGAAAAGGGAGUUAUGGGACAGCUUACAAGGCCGUCUUGGAGGAGGGAACAACAGUGGUGGUGAAGAGAUUAAAGGAAGUAGUGGUGGGGAAGAAAGAGUUUGAACAGCAGAUGGAGCUUGUAGGCAGAGUUGGUCAACACCCGAAUGUUGUGCCACUCCGUGCUUAUUACUACUCCAAGGAUGAGAAGCUCCUAGUUUAUGAUUACAUCACAGCUGGAAGCUUGUCUACACUCUUGCAUGGAAACAGAGGCACUGGAAGAACUCCAUUGGACUGGAACUCCAGAAUAAAGAUAUCCCUAGGAACUGCAAGGGGUAUUGCCCAUAUCCAUGCUGAGGGUGGUGGAAAAUUUACCCAUGGAAACAUAAAGUCUUCCAAUGUUCUCCUCAAUCAAGACCAAGACGGCUGCAUCUCAGAUUUUGGGCUGGUGCCUCUUAUGAAUUUCCCAGUCACACCAUCUCGAAGUGUAGGCUAUCGCGCUCCUGAGGUGAUUGAAACCCGGAAACCAACUCAGAAAUCUGAUGUGUACAGCUUCGGUGUUCUCCUCCUUGAACUGUUGACGGGGAAAGCUCCACUCCAGUCACCGGGGCAUGAUGAUGUGGUCGAUCUCCCCAGGUGGGUCCAGUCAGUUGUAAGAGAGGAAUGGACGGCAGAGGUAUUUGACGUUGAGUUGAUGAGGUACCAAAACAUUGAAGAAGAGAUGGUGCAGAUGCUACAGAUUGCCAUGGCAUGUGUAGCAAAGGUGCCAGAUAUGCGACCCAAGAUGGAGGAAGUAGUCAGGAUGAUUGAGGAAAUCCGGCAAUCUGAUUCGGAGAACCGCCCUUCUUCCGAGGAAAACAAAUCCAAGGAUUUGAAUGUGCAAACCCCAUGAUUAACUUUGGGGUUGUGAGGUUGAAACGUUUAAACCAAAUCCAUGUAUCAUGUAUGCGUUCGCUCAUGAAAUGCGCCAGAAUUAACUGGAUUUCUUUAGGUUUUUUAGCGUUUUAAAAUAUUUGUCAUUGGAUGAGGUAUGAGGGUUCUCAUCAUUCCAUCCCAUCAUUUGUUGUAAAGACGUUUCUUUGAUAUUUGUGAAUUUGAUUAAUCUUUAAUCAAUUAAUGUUUCUGUGUCAA